CAAAAUCAUAUCUUACACAUUUCCCUGUGCCCAUCAUGGCUUCACUUCUGGCCGGAAAAUAUGAUUCAUCAAGCGAUGACGAAGCCAAGCCCAAUACAACAUACACCUCAGCGACCAAAAUCGUCGCCGCUCCUGAAGUCAAUGUAGAGGAUCAAUCCAGAUUGCAGCUCAUCACCGGAGCUGGGAACUCGACUGCGCUCACAUACAACGCGACGUACGAUGACUUGACACGCCCAGCGCAAGGUCCCGUCAAUCCAUUUAAAUCUAAUAAUGGCGUUGGCAAUGGGCUGAAACGCAAGAAUGUGCCUACGGGCCUCGCUGAAGAGGCAGCAAUCAGUGAAGCGACCUUCAUUGCGCAACACCGCACGUUUCAAAGCCUCGGAUACUCGCGUGACCCCAGCAAGCCGGACGCUUUCGUUGGUGAUUUAGCCAGUGCCGCGCAACAUGGCGGAAGAGACUUGGUGCAAAUGCGGCCAUCCAAAGAGGCAUCAGCAGCGUUGCGACGGAAGAGACAGAAGAAGGGAGAUCCGAGUAUUGUGGAGGGGGAAGGGGCGUAUCUGGGGCCGUGGGCGAAAUACCAGAAUGAUGGUCAGAUGUAUGAGGAAGAAGCGGCUGAGGCGGACUACGAGCUUGCGAGUGACGAGGAAUACGUCGAGGAGGAGGGAGGCCUCGCGAUCUCGGAGCUAGGUGCCAUGGCGACUGAUUACCAGGAAGAUACGUCGCAGAGCGAAUCUACAGAGUUUCAUGGUAGCGAGCAGUUCGACUAUCUUGGACGAACUUAUAUGCAUGUUCCUCAAGAUCUCGAUAUUGAUCUCAAAAAGGAACCCGGCAGCGUCAAGAAUUUCAUCCCCAGGAAACUGGUACAGACUUGGCAAUCACACACGAAACCGAUUACAUCGCUCCGCUUCUUCCCCAGAUCCGGGCACUUAUUACUGUCCUCAGCUGCCGACGGAAAAGCCAAGAUCUGGGAUGUUUACCACCAACGCGAACUCCUGCGCACAUUCUCCGGCCACUCCAAAGCCAUUAGCGACACCACCUUCCACCCCACAGGCACCACUUUCCUCACAGCCUCAUACGACCGGCAAAUCAAACUAUGGGACACUGAAUAUGGCAAAUGCAUCUCCCGCUUCACCACAGGCAAAACCCCGCAUGUUGUCCGCUUCAACCCCGACCCCGAACACUCACACGAGUUCCUGGCCGGCAUGUCCGACAAGAAAAUCGUGCAAUUCGACACCCGCUCCGGCGAGCUCGUACAGGAGUACGACCACCACUUGGCUGCCGUUAACACAAUCACCUUCGUUGACAACAACCGCCGCUUCAUCACCACCUCCGACGACAAAUCUCUGCGAGCAUGGGAAUACGGAAUCCCCGUGCCCAUCAAAUACAUCGCCGAAGCCGACAUGUUCGCCAUGGUACGUGCCUAUCCUCACCCAUCCGGAAAAUACGUCGCCUUCCAAUCCGGCGACAACCAAAUUGUCGUGUACGCGGCAACCGACAAGUUCCGGCAGAACCGAAAGAAGGGAUUCCGUGGCCACAACAAUGCGGGAUAUGCCAUUGACGUUACGUUCUCCCCCGACGGCCAGUUUAUUGCCAGCGGUGACUCUGGUGGUUACGCCUGCUUUUGGGAUUGGAAAACCGGAAAGAUGUAUCAUAAGAUUCAGGCGGGUGGGAAGGAAGGCUCGGCUGUUACGUGUCUGGACUGGCAUCCACAGGAAACUAGUAAAGUCGUCACGGGUGGUUUGGACGGUCUUAUAAGGUAUUGGGAUUGAUUGGUGUAUAAAAGAUGUUAGUUUAAUUGCGGGCUAGUAUGAAUAUGGUAU